AUGGCUACUCGAAAUCAGGAAGUUGAACGUCUUGCAAAAGACAUCAACCGAAUAGACGCUUUUACAACACAAAAUCAAGAAACGUUGAUGAGUUUGAAAGCAGCCUUUGAUCAGAUGCAAGCAACGUUUUCAAAGAUGGAACAACAAGGCACUUUGAUUCCAAGAAAUGAGGGGGAUAGACUAAGUAGCAAUCGUUUAACAAAGGUGGAAUUUCCCAAGUUCAAUGGUGAUGAUGUUGAAGGAUGGUUGUAUAAAUGUGAACACUUCUUUUCAAUCGAUGAUACCCCUGAGAAGUACAAAGUCAGAUAUGCUGCUGUCCAUUUAGAGGGAAGAGCGUUGCAAUGGCAUCAAGGUUUUAUGAAAUCCACUGGGAAGCAGAUUUGUGAUGUGACUUGGGAUGAGUACACGAGAAAUGCAUCAACAAGAUUUGCAGCAACCUUAAUAGAGGAUGCCAUGGGUGCAUUGAAGGCACUGACACAGACAGGUGAGUUGGAAGACUAUUGUGAUGAAUUUGAUUUGUUGUUGAAUAAGGUGACCCUGCCUGAUGAAUAUACAAUCAGUUUGUUCAUUGAGGGCCUUAAACCAGAAAUUAAGUGUCAUGUACGAAUGUUUAAGCCAAAAACAUUAAGAGAAACAUACUCUUUGGCAAGAAUGCAAAAUCAGUCCAAUAAGAUACUGGGUGUAGGGAGUAGUAAUAGUGGUACAGGAUACUCUAGCCACAAAUACAGUUCUUCAAGAACUAACAAUUUGACAAACAUUGGGAAGCAACCUGUUUUGGCAACCCCUGUCAAUACAGCUCCGUCCAAUGCUAUUGUACCAAAGAAAGUAAGUAAUAAAUACUUGGAUGAUAAAAGGGCCAAAGGAGAGUGUUUCUUUUGCAAUGAGAAAUAUGUGGCAGGUCAUAGUAGGGUUUGUAAAGGGAAAAAACAGUUGUUCUUAGUUGAGGUUGAGGAAUAUCAGGAGGGAAAUGAGGAUCAGUCAAUAGAAGAGGAAGAACUGAUUCCAGGUGUACCACAAAUUUCAUUAAAUGCACUAAUGGGAAUCCCAUCUUACUCAACUAUGCAAGUAGUGGGUAUGGUUGGAACAAGAUAUUUGUACAUCUUGUUGGACAGUGGAUCAACCCACAAUUUCAUGAGCAAAGCUUUGGCUCAGAAAUUAAAGUGUCCCAUAACACAAAUUUCCAAUGUGCAAGUGACAGUGGCUGAUGGUAACAAAGUGGAGUGUGUUAACUUGUGUAAAGACUUUCAAUGGGUCAUGCAGGGAAAUUGGUUUACAGCUGAUAUGAUGGUCAUUGAUUUAGACAAUUACGAUAUUGUGUUGGGCAUACAAUGGUUAGAGACAUUGAAUGACAUAGUGUGGAAUUUCAAGAAUCUCACUAUGAAAUUUAAUGUAGCUGGCCAAGAUUUUGAGUUAAAAGGAGCAAAAAGGAAGAAUGUAAGUCUAUCUUCUAUGGAGAAAAUUACAAGUUUGAUUCAAAAUGAAGAGAAGAUAGUACAAGCUCAGCUGUUCAUGAUUCAAGACUCAACUAGUUCUCAAAACAUGUAUCAGCCAAUAAUUAGUAAAGGGCAAGAAAAUGAAGAGUUGAAUGAGUUGUUAAAAGAAUAUGAAGAUAUUUUUGAUGUACCAAAAGGGCUGCCUCCUGCAAGACCAUUUGAUCACAGAAUUGUGCUCAAGGAUGAAAAGACCAAUCUUAAUUUGAAACCCUAUAGAUACCAUAGUAUUCAAAAAGAUGUGAUUGAACAAAUGACUCAAGAGUUAUUGGACUCAGGAGUAAUUAGGCACAGCAACAGUUCAUUUGCAGCUCCUGUGGUCCUUGUGAAGAAGAAAGAUGGUUCAUGGAGAAUGUGUGUUGAUUAUAGGAGACUUAAUGAAGCUACAGUGAAAGAUGUCUUCCCUAUUCCUCUCAUUGAAGAACUGCUAGAUGAGCUACAAGGGGCUGUAAUCUUUUCAAAGUUAGACCUCAGAUCAGGCUAUCAUCAGGUAAGAAUGUAUGAACCUGACAUUCACAAGACUGCAUUCAAAACUCAUCAAGGCCAUUAUGAAUUCCUGGUGUUACCUUUUGGUCUGACAAAUGCUCCUGCCACAUUCCAAUCAUUAAUGAAUGCUACCUUUAAAGAAGUUUAA